GUCUAUCCGUCUUCUCUACUCUACUCCAGGACGUCGAUCUCUCCUUGUUCACAUGCCCCGCAUUCCUGGGAAUCUCCAACACUCUCCAACAUCCACUCGAAAACAACACCGCAAAGGCAAAGCAAUCAUCAACAUAACGACCUUCCAAAAUGCAAUUGAGCCUAUCCGAAACUCUUCCAGCUCUGGUAUCCAGACGCUUCACAACAGCCAAAGAUGCCGGCCAUCUCACCUUUUCUCAGACCUAUCUUUCCAUCAUCCACGCAUCAGGGAUACCGUACCAACUCCGCUACUGUCCCGCCCUAGCCAAAAAACCCACGGGCGCCCCCAAACCCGACAAAACCGUCCCAGCACCCAAACCAGACCCCUUCCACGACCCAUCACCAGACUUGCUACUCGCGCAGAUCCCCGCCGCAAAUCCAACGCAUAACCUCGUACUGAACAAAUUCCCCGUUAUACCCAAUCACUUCAUCCUCGCGACGACGGCGUGGAAGGCGCAGACGGAUAUUUUGGAGAAGGGGGAUUUGGAAGCUGCGUAUGCGUGCGUGAGUGCGUGGCGGGGAGACGAGAAGGUGGGAAGUUCGGGUUCGAGGAGGUUAUAUGCGUUUUUUAAUUCCGGGGAUGAGAGCGGGGCGAGUCAGCCGCAUCGGCAUCUGCAGUUUUUGCCGGUCGAGGACAUGCGCGAUGGUGAGGACGGGUGGGAGCCGCUGAUUGAUUUGGUUUCUCCAAGUGCUGCUGGGGGUGGUGGUGAAUGUCGACGGUUGAGUCGGUUGCCCUUUGCGCAGUUUGCUCGUCCGCUACCGGCGAACCCGUCGGCGGAUGUCCUGCAUGCGAUUUAUCUCUCGCUUUACAAGACGGCUUUUGUAGCGGUCAAGGGGGGAGAAGCAGGGCAGGAUAUCCCGACUGAGGGCCCCGCGGCUAUCAGCUAUAACCUGGCGAUGACGGAGUCGACGAUGAUGAUUUGCCCGCGGAGAAGUGACAGUGCUCGGAUACCGGUCGACGCUGCCGCUGCAGCGAAUGUCUCUGAGGCUGGUGUUGUUGCGCUGAAUGGGACAAUUCUUGCUGGUACGCUGAUGGUCAAGGCCGAGGCGGAAUGGGAUGAGUUGCGCAGGAGUCCGGAGACACUGACGAGCGUUCUUGCGACGAUUGGGUAUCCCCAGAGAGAUCUGCGAGGGGUUUCUUCUCUAUGAAUGAAUCUACUCGGUCUUUUUUCUUCUUCUUUCUUCUAUUUUGAAACAGAAUUUCCGAAUAUCUACCGACAAGAGAUUGAUUGAUACAGAGAUAUUGAUCAGGAUUAUGGUCUAUGAAUAUUCUCCAUAAUUAGAACAAGAAAUGCAACAACG